UUACGAAAAAACUAAUGAGCAAGACUGGUGGCUGAGCCCCGGUGCCUGAAUCAGGGGCUGGGGGUGGGGUUACUUUAUAGGAAGUGAGAGGCUUUCCUCCUAUUCCAAGAGAAGACGGAGCUAGAGUGCUCACCGUGCCGGCACGGCGUCCAUCAUGAGGCUGGCUGUACUGCUCUUGGCCUCGCUGGGGCUUCUGACAGCCCAGGGAGCAGAGGUUGGCUGCCCCCACAGAAAGUCGGCCACUCUGCUGCCCUCCUUCACGAUGACCACUACUGCUACGAAAAGCACAGUAAGUCCCACAACCAGCCAUGGACCCACCACCACCAAUCAUGGGACUGCUACGGUUCAUCCAACAAGCAUGAGCACUGCUGCACCCACUGGACCUACCACGGACACUCACAGUCCAGCAGCCACCACCACCAGGCCUGGAAAUGCUACCACCGUUCACCCCACAAGCAAGGGCACCGCUACCAGCCCCAGAUUCUCCACCAGCUCCCCUACCCCGGGACCGCCGCCGCCCUCGCCAAGUCCUAGCCCGGGCUCCAAGGAGGCUGUAGGAGACUACACAUGGACGAACGGGUCCCAGCCCUGCGUCCGGCUCCAAGCCCAGAUCCAGAUUCGAGUCCUGUAUCCUACCCAGGGUGGAGGAGAGGCCUGGGGCAUCUCUGUACUGAACCCCAAUAAAACCAAGGUCCAGGGUGGCUGUGCGGAUGCCCAUACCCACCUGCGCCUCUCAUUCCCUUAUGGCCAUCUCAGCUUUGGAUUCAAGCAGGCCGUGCAGCAAAGCCAGAGUGUGGUCUACCUGAGUUACAUGGCGGUGGACUACAACGUGUCCUUCCCCAGGGCGGCCCAGUGGGCCUUCUUGGCUCAGAAUUCAUCCCUUCGAGAUCUCCAAGCGCCGCUGGGCCAGAGCUUCAGCUGCGGAAAUGCCAGCAUCCUCGUUUCCCGGGGCUUCCACCUCGACCUCCUCUCUCUGCGGCUCCAGGCUGCUCAGCUGCCUCCCACAGGAGGCUUUGGGCCAAGUUUCUCGUGCCCUGGCGACCAGGACCAGUCCAUGAUGCUGCCUCUCAUCAUCGGCCUGACGCUGCUUGGCCUGCUGGUUCUGGUGCUGGCUGCCUGCUGCAUCAUUCAGAGACGCCCAUCCGCGUACCAGGCCCUCUAAGCCUUUGCUCCCGUCCUAGGGGCACCAGGGGCGCCCUCCUUUCCUCACCAUGCAGCCAACCCACAAACACAGUUACCAUUCUUCACUGGCUUUCUUCAAGAACAAAACAGUUGAUGCCACUGGGAGAGGGGAAGGGGUUUUUAUUAAAGGAGACGAGCCCCAGGCCGGUAAAAAAGUAGUAAAACUUACUCAAAUCUUUGUCUUUGGUUUGUCUUGUUUUGCCAGGAUUAAAGGCCGUAAGUUUCUUGUUA